AUGGCAUCAAAGUCUGCGGGCGUCGUUGGAAUCGUCGGCGGUGGCAUGGCUGGUGUCACUGCUGCCCGGGCUCUCAGCGGCAAAGGAGUGGCGGUGCGGCUCUACGAGAAGGAGGCCGCCCUGGGAGGACGCCUGGGUGCCGUGCAGCUGGGGGAGCAGUGGCUUGGGCUCGGCACCACGUACGUUAAGGCCAAGGACCCCUUGUUCAAGGCGGAGAUGGCGAAGUGCGAGGAGCUCGGCCUCGCCUCGGAGUGGAUGGUGGGCACCCCGCAUUUCAUAGCAGCUCCGGGAGACUUCAGCGAGAAGCCGGAGUACAAAGCCCCCACAGACCGCUGGCAUGUGGGCCGGCCGAACAUGGGCAGCUUGGUGGAGCUCUCCGCCAAGGACUUCGAGCACAUCACUCGCUGCGGUGAAGUCGCGUCAGUCAGCUGGGAAGGGGAGACGUGGCUGCUGAACGGCAGCGACCCGGUUUCGGCACUGAUCUUGGCACUGCCAUUGGCUCCGCUGCGAUCGCUGCUUCCGGCGGGGACAGUCGAGGGGAUGCUGCCGACUGACCUGCUGGAGAAGGACUUUGAGAAGGCGCGGGUCGCGGCCGCUUGGGUCUUUGCGGCACCGCUGGAGCUUCCCUUCAGGAUAGCUUUCGUCAAAGACUCUCCGAUCUCUCUUGUGUUGAAUGACUCUUCGCGUGCCACGCAAGACGGCGCGAAGGUCGAGGCGUGGGUGGCGCAGACCUCGACCGAGUGGGCAGCUCAAUGCAUCAAGGAUGCCAUGCCAGAGGCAGAGGUGUGCGCUGUGCUUCUCCGCGAGCUGAGCCGAAUCCUUGGAAAAGAGCUACCUCCAGUGCAGCACCAGAAGGCCCUGACAUGGGCCUAUGGCGACAUGGACUACAAGCUUCCCGAGGGACAUGCCUGGGACGCGACGAAGCGCCUGGCUUUGGCCGGAGAUUGGUGUUACAACGGGCGAGUGGAGGGCGCCUGGCUGAGUGGCCAUCACGCUGCCCAGAAGGUGUUCGUAUAUGACCUGAGCAUCACCGAAAACACGGUUCUCUACUCGGAGGCCUUUGCCUUCCUGGCUUUCUGCCAUCUGCAUCAGGUCGACUUCAUUGCGGAGUCCGGUGUGUACAAAGGUGUUUCCACUGAGAUUUGGAGUCUUUUCGCGAAGGAGGUGGCCGCUGUUGACAUCUUCCUAACGCCGGAGGCUGAAGAGCGACUUCAGCGAAGAAGCAAUGUGGAGCUCCAUACAGGAGAUGGCCGCCAGCUGCUGCCCGAGCUCCUGAGCCGCCCAGGCCGCCGCGCGGCAGUUUUCAUCGAUGGGCCCAAGGGGGAGCUGGCCAUUCACCUGGCCCUGAGCCUGGUCAAGUUGCCACAGGUGGCCUUCGUCGCCAUGCACGACAUGGAGCCUUACAAGCGUGGAUCUGUGUUCGUUAGCGAGGCAAGGAUGCCUAUGGCCACCUCGAUGAGCCCUUCCGAAGGCGUCCUGACUUGCCAGCGGGUGGCCGGGUCCCUGGCCUGCGAUUUGCUCUGUGCCAACGCGCCAGAAGGAGGUCAAGACGUCGCCAUCUUCGAAAGCACUGGAAGAUGGUGCAGGACAAACCCCGAUGACCACCGGCGGACUCAGUUGUGGGGAUCCGUCGCCAUCCAGCUGGGGGUCAUCGCCAACUUCUCCAAUCACAGAGGACUGGAGCUAGACGAUGAGGAGACUGAUUCAACAUCGGUAACAUCGGCAAAGGAGGCAGCGAAGAUGCUGCUGUGGCUCGACGAGAUCGAGAGCCAGAUCCAGGUGGCUCCCUUCGUCCGGCGGCCGCGGCUUCAGGAGUCCGCUCUCCAGGCUGCGCACGAGGCUGCGCAGGAGGCUGCGCGGGAGGCUGCGAAGGCAGAUGGAAAGCCGGGCCCGGCGGAGCGCCGGCGACUGCAGGAGGAACUCGACCGCGAGGCCGAGGAGCGACUUCCGACGCAAAGCAGGGACGGGCAAGGGGGCGUGGAUGAUGAUGCGGCUAAGGCAGCGAAGAUGCUGCUGUGGCUCGACGAGAUCGAGAGCCAGAUCCAGGUGCCCCACGACUUCGGUGGGAACUGUUGGGAGUUCUGGGGCACAGAAAGUUCGUCGCACCCAACUGUUUCAAAGGCCAUCGAGUUGUAG